AAUUCAGAGUGAACUUCAACGCCUAUUAAGUACGAUUUAUGUCCGGUGCAGCGCAAUGAGAUUUGCGACAUAUCUCGCUAUUAUUUUCAUGGCGUUUAACUUCGUUAACGCCCUACCAUUUCCUCAAUUUGACGACGCCGGUCGAGAGGGAUUAGCUGCUAGAGACACAGCAUAUUACGGAUUUCCAUUGUUCUGGUACAGGAGACCGUUCUACGAUGAUAGCGACGACGACAUUGUUAACGGAGGUCAAGCCCUAAACGGAAAACGAAGAUCGUCUACUGUAUCUUACGUCAACGUCGGAGCCGGCUGGGGUUAAAAGAAGUUGCUAAAGAGAAGCGAUUAGGACAUCCAAGAAUGUCCAGAAAAUUUCUAGAAAACUAACUCGAAUUAAUAGGCUGCAUCUAACUUUUACAUAUAAUAAAAUACAAACUACAAGAACAAAUUCCUUUACAUUCCUUUGUUUCACAUUUUAUGUUUAACUUCUUGAAUGAGACAUCUCGCGAAUAUCGAAAACUACAGUUUUUUUUGAUCUUGAAAAUUCUCGCCAUUUAAGUUGAUUUAAGAGGAUUGUCUCAAUAAGCGGAUAAAUAAUAAUUAGCUAAAUCAGUUCCUGCGAAAGGCUACAACUACAAGGACAUCACUACUCGCUAAAUACGGUUAAGUAUUUGCGUACACUGCAACAGUAUAUAUAAACGAUUGUGCGAAAUACUAAAAGCCAGUGUCAGUUGUAAACUGACAGCUGUAACACAGCAUCAAUUAUCAAUGGAACACCGCAGCAUUUUCCGAUUUGUUCUCGCUCUAAUAGCGAUGAUCGAAGUCACGUCAGCACCUACAAGUGAUUUUGGAUUAGGACGAACUGUCUGGCAAAAUGUUGGAAAGCACAGUUUCUACGGACCGUGGGAUAUUUUGGUGAAACGAAACGGGGAUUAUAUCGAUUACAACGAUUAUGGUGUUCAUCCCGAACAGUUCCGGCCUAAUUCGGAGCUGCCAUACGACGAUGUGUCGAUAUCUAACGGAUAUAUUGACGGGAUGCCCUCGACUUACGAUAGCAGCCUGUCGGAACUGAACACGCUACUCAGCUCUGUGGACCUUGCCUGAUUUCCGCACUGGAGUUCGCACUGCUGAUUGGAUAGACCGAAGUAUUGAUAGCUUCAAGAAAUAGCAUUGGAAGGAUAUUACUUCUCAAUUCGACGAAGAAACUCGAUGAGACCUUGUGGUUCUAACGUUCGCGAUGAAAUUAUAAAAUUUUAUAAUGGUCAAAGAAACGAAAGAGAUACAAUAAGCUUCGUACAUGUGAUCGUUCUCGCAUAAUAUUAUUCCCGUUUGAUAUAUCGAUCCAAGUGACAUUAAAUUCAAAACAAGAGAAGUUGAAAAGAAUAUUACUUCAGUGCUAAUUUAUUUUACUCAAUCUUAUACCAGCAAUCGGAAUAGAAUGUUCCAUCC